AUGUUCUCAAAACCACUCUGUUGCUGUUUGACGCUCUGCGUGGUCCUCUUGAUGGUACAUAUAGCUUUGAUUCCAGAUUUCAACUCUCUCAUAUUCGUACAUGCAACUUCGAGCGAAUGUAGACAUCCAGAAGAUGGAAGGAUUCUCCUCCCCAAGGGUCAUGACCAUCAAGUGUAUGGUCAUCCACGCGAUUCCUCAAAAGAAGAAGAUUCUCUCAUUUCUGAAACCACACACGAAGAAUCCACAACAACAACAACCAUGAAGAAUGAAAACACACGAACCCCCAUUGAAUAUCUACAGGAUGGUCAGGCUCGAUUAGAAACUGUGGUUGUGAGAAGCCUUUUGUCACACCAAGCCAAUAGAUACAUCUUUUCGAAUCCUUAUCAUUUUCAUUUGACUGGACCCACUGAUUUGGAAUUAAAAGAUCGUCAAGCGUUCCGUGGAAAGGACUCUACCAAAUGUGUAGCAUGCCGAUUGGAUUGUUUGGGAGAAGGUUCAAUAUUUUCAAAAUGUAAACAGAGAUAUUAUUAUUAUGGAUGUCAACGAAAGGGUCCAUGUUAUGAACCUUUAACAGCUUCAAGAACUAUUAUUGAGGCAGGUAUUGGAAUUUGUAUUGAUAAGAAUGGAUGUGUAUUGAAAUCCACUGGAAUCAGUCUUCACAAAGGAAAGCAAUUGUUGAAUCAAGUAAUUAAGACUGCAAGAUAUGAACUUGGUGUUGAAAGAUAUAUCGAGAUGCGUAAUAAAGAGGAGUGA